AGAAGUUGAACUUAGUCUAAGCUACUAAAAUCUAAGGGCGUCGAGUACAAUACAGUACUCCGCACGUACCAAGAAAAUAAAAACUGGACAAGACUCUUCCUUGCCCGCCCUUGCUUUACCUCGGUGUCAAUUGAUGGUGACGAGGAUAAUCGUUGGUGCUGUACAGGUGGGAGGGUCUCUUUUCCUUUCACUGCAUGCGUCUCUGCCCAACCCUUUGCGUUCGCUCGGCGCAAUGUUUCUCGUCCUGCACCGUCUUUUCCUUGACUGGCACAACCUCGACUGCUCGCCUCUGAUUCGCCUUGUGCUCGGGCUGGCGAAUCAGAGCCGGGCAAUGGACAUGCACGACAAGGCCAGAUUCUGCCAGCACUGCGGACGGCGCUUGCUCCCAUUGGAGCCAUCAGCCUUCUGCAGAACGAGCGGCCUGCACGAUGUGAUUCGCAAGUCAGCCGUUCCGCAACCCGGCUUAUCGAGCACCAGAUGUCCGUUCACCAGGCAAGUCGACUUCUUUUUUUUCGCGCAUAUCUGCUCCCCCAUUCUUGCUAGCUUUGGCCCUUUGGAGGAGCGAGUGCAUCCAUCCAGCCAAGUUCCUUUUUUCGGCCAAGUUGCGCUCCGUAUUUUGCACCACUCGCAGCACACACAGCCUCUUUGGUCUCAACAUAAUCCCCCUUUCAGCAUGGAAGGAUUCGGGGCCAGUUCUUGCUUCGUUCUUUGGUGCUGGCAGUCAAUGUCACUGAACAUUGGCAACAUGCUGCUCCCAUUCUUGUCCACUUCGGACAUUUGUCAAGGAAACACCAAAACAAUUGGUGUCAUCUAUGAAGCUACCUAGACGGAUAUUUAAGCGCAGUUCGCUUUUAGCAUAAGGAAUAAUUUGAGUUCGUCAUACAGAAAUAAAAGAAUACGGGCACUAGCCACAUUUACAUUGCCGUCUUGACAAGAGUUGGCCUCUGCCUCAACAGCAGUUGUCGUGUUUGGAUUGUGAGCGUAUCGGGUC